AUGCGACCAUUGCAAUCGGAUGCGCCGUCCAACCCUAGUUCGCCGCGAACUCCGCUGACUUCCCCGGUCUACCCAUUCCAAUGUAUUUGUGCUGACUUCUUCCAUUACAAAGGCUGCAAUUACUUGGUUGUCGUCGACCGAUUCUCCAACUGGCCAAUAGUUGAGAGAUCUACCCACGGCGCAGAUGGCCUCACCGCUUGCCUUCGACGCAUCUUUGUCACAUUCGGCAUCCCUGACGAGAUGGCCUCAGAUGGUGGCCCCAAAUUUACAGCAGCAGCCACACGUCGAUUCCUCCAGGACUGGGGUAUCCAUCAUCGCCUUUCCUCCGUGGCAUACCCCCAUAGCAACUGUCGUGCUGAAAUGAGUGUAAAAGACCAUCAAGCGCCUUCUCCUGGACAACACCAGCCCUACCAGUGCCCUUGA